AUGUCCGGAUGUAGUCGAACGUAUCAGGUAGCAGUAUGCUUCAUCUGGCUAGGCUCAUUGAGCGAGUUCAUUAGGUUAGGAUAUAGAGCCAGAGACAAAACCGGCGGACCAUGGUUCAAUGCAACAAACCCACAUCAGAAUAUAUCUGCGACCGGAGUAGCAGCAGCCCAGAAUUACGCCUCCAAGGAACUGCAAAAACCGCAAGCAUACAACUUCGGAGAACAGCAGAGUGGCACUGCCGGUCCAGGCAAUGUUACUUUCCUUGAAGGCGACUUCUUCAAGACAGACUGGGAACCUAAUGCUCUGAAAGACGGAGGAGCCAUUUUUGAUAUAAUUCAUGAUUAUACGUUCCUCUGCGCCCUGCACCCCGAUAUGCGCCGGCAAUGGGCUGCGCGAAAGUAG